AAACUGCAGUCACGUGAUCCCGGGCUGGCUGGCGGUUGGGCGCGCGCGGGCUUCCUGCACCCAGUACCUGAAGCUCUCCCGCGGCGGGCCCGGUUCGUCGUGGCGGUCCUCAUCCCUUCCCGCCUGGGACCUACCUCGUUGAUCUGAGCCCCAGACCUGGUCCUCCGGAAACCCGUAACGUUGCGUUUCGGGAAAUUUCCUUUUUUUUCCCGGGUUUUUAUUUUGUGUGCGCGCGCGCCUUGUUGACUGAUUGAUUUAUAAACCGAGCGGCGGCGUUGGUGGGUGUACAUGACCAGCCCAGGUCUGUUUGGACGGAAGGUCAUUGACUCGCUUUUGCUCAGUAUUUCUAAUAACUGGUGUCAGAAUUUUACUGGUUACCAAUCUCUGAAAGAAUCCAAUGUCAAACCGAAUAUACGCAGAUCCAAAAGGCAAUUACGAUGACUAUCAAUAUCCAGUAGUAUUUUUACCACCAUAUGAAAAUCCACCUCCUUGGAUACCUUUGCAGGAGAGGUUACAUCACUCAGAUUACAACAAUGAACUGACCCAGUUUUUACCUCGAAUAAUCCAGUUGAAGAAACCCUCUGGAGCUCAGCUGGGAUUCAACAUCCGAGGGGGCAAGGCCUCUCAGCUUGGCAUCUUCAUAUCAAAGGUGAUUCCUGAUUCCGAUGCAGAUCAUGCAGGGCUGCAGGAGGGCGACCAGGUCCUUGCAGUGAAUGACAUUGACUUCCAGGACAUAGAGCAUAGCAAGGCUGUUGAGAUCCUGAAAUCUGCCAAAGAAAUUACCAUGAGGGUUCGUUACUUUCCAUACAACUUUCGCAGACAGAAGGAAAGGACAGUUCAUUAAUUGGAAGUCCUGCCUUAGAAAUUAUUGGAAAGUUUUGUACUUGGAAGAUGUCUGGUCGACUGGCUCAAUAUCUAGAGAGAUUCUGAAAUUGGGUUUUCUGGUUUUUUUGGACAAAUUUGAAAAUGAAAUUUGAGAUUUAUAAAUAUACCUCCUGCAUUUUAUAUUUAACAUUUCUAGGAUUUACAGUCAAUUUAUGUUAGUGUAAAUUGUUGGAGAAUUGAGAAAUUUUGGGGAAACUUCAAUGAUGGAGAACUUUGUGUGAACUGAAACUCAGACACUGUCUGGUUCUGCAACUGUCAUGGGAAUCUAACAGGAAUCUUAAACCUGUUAUCGUCAGAAGCCCCAAUCGUUGCUACUGCUUUGCUUAUCUCUAUGUAGGAUUGUCUUUUAAGGAUCCUUCUGACUUUUAGUUUUGUUAUAAAAGGUUGAAGUCUGUUGAUUCUAUACUACAUCUUGCAACAAUAAGGGAACGACCUUCUAUGUCACCGCCACUGUUUGUAAUGGUUUCUACAGGCUAUAAAACCAAGAAACUAAUUUUUUUAUGUUUAGCACAGUAAGCAAGAUGUCUGCACUUAAUUAGUAUAUCUUUCAAAGCAAUAAUGUCAACAGUUACAACCAUCCAGAUGAUAUUUAAUGGAUGGCAGAGAGCAUCGAUAGUUGAGGUAAACACGUGGACUGUCACACAGCUUUGCUUGACCCCAUUUUGGAUUUAACUGCAUCGGUUUCAGUUCUCCCACUACAGAUAGUUGCAGUUAUACGAUCGUGAAGCAGUUACAGAAAUUGUGGUGAAGGCUCUUGGAAAUCUAAACUUUUAGAACAUGAACUUCUCAAUUUAUUGAAUCAAAUCCUUGAUCAGAAAGAUUAAUGUAAUGUGUGGUUUUUUGAUUUUUUUUUGCUUGGAUGUACCUGGUGACCGAGAUCAUGCCAGAGGUUAUCUGGAAUGUUUGAAGCUAAAAUGUUGUCUUUGGGAGAAAUUCCUCAGAUACAGGCAGUAAGUGAUUCAGGAAAAUGCAUGUCAGGAUCUUCUCUGUUACAGGCAAGAAAGGAAUUUCUUGAUGGUUUCCACAGCAUGCUUUAAUCUCUCUUCUUGAAGAUAUUUACUAUAUGCAACAAUUGAACUAUAAUUUUGGGGUAUAUGGUGGAUAAUGCAGAAUAAAUAUGUUAAAACUUUUGAA